CGGGGAGGGUGUCGCGCGCUUCGUUUCUUUGGCGCGAAUUUUGAACGUCAGUGUGAUUCUACGUGACUUUUUUGAAUUUAGAAUUCUAGUGGAUUGUUGAGUGUUUUAGUGAAUGACUGUCGUGGUUUCUGUAAUGGAUUUGUUAUUCGUAUAAUGCAGAGAUAUCUUCUGACCUAAGUGUAUCUUUGGAUGAUAGAAAAGCAAGAAAAUGUUAAAGAAACCCUUCGUCCAGGAACAUCACUCGUUAAGCUGAAGAUGUGGUAGUGGCCAGCCACCAUGGAUACCUUCGCCGUGGUGACGUCUUUACUUGGACUGAUAUGCUUCUGCUCAGGUCCAGUCAACGGUGGGAUGAGCGAUGACUACGUCAGCACGGGAGAAGCACCCUACAUCAUAGAACAGCCUAUUGACGUCACGGUCGCGCGUCACCAGCCUGCGACCCUCAACUGCCGCGCUGGUGGCUCCCCCUCUCCCACCAUACGAUGGUACAAGGGGGGCGUCCUCGUAGUCUCAGACACCCACAGAAGCUUGCUCCCUGCUGGAGGACUGUUCUUCCUCAGAACCACUCAUGGAAGAGCUCACUCCGACGCUGGCGUGUACUGGUGUGAAGCCACCAAUCCUUACGGAACAGCAAGGAGUAGAAACGCAACUUUGCAUGUUGCUGUUCUUCGCGAGGAGUUCAGACUGGAACCAGUGUCGACUCAAUCGGCGCAAGGAGAAACUGUGAUACUGGAAUGCUCUCCACCACGAGGGUCACCAGAACCUACCGUCUACUGGAAGAAAAACGGACAGAUGCUGCAUUUUGAUGGCGACUCUAGGAUGCAUUUAGUCGACGGUGGCAAUCUCGUAAUACAAGACGCUAGGCAAACCGACGCCGGAAGAUAUCAAUGUAUCGCGAGGAAUGCGGCGGGAACGAGGGAAUCGGCCAUAGCAAUGCUCCGAAUACACAUUAAGCCGUACUUAAUCACGGGCCCGGAGGACGUGGUGGCGCAGACUGGAGGCAGCGUCACAUUCCAGUGCCGAGUGGGGGGGGACCCCCUCCCGGACGUGCUGUGGCGAAGGACCGCUGGAGGUGGAAACAUGCCACUCGGCCGCGUCAAAGUUCUUGACGACAGAAGCCUCAGACUCGACAACGUUAUUCUAGGGGACGAGGGAGAAUACGCUUGUGAAGCUGAUAAUUCUGUUGGCGCUGUGAGCGCUAGCGGGUACUUGACUGUUUAUGAUCCGCCUUCAAUAACUCUAAGACCCAAUUCGGUGAAUGUAGAAACCGGGACAAUGGCCACAUUCACAUGUUCGGCUACAGGCAGACCCGAACCAACUAUGUUCUGGAGCAUAGAAGGCAACAGAACUAUCAUCUUCCCCGGUACAUCCAGAGGCAAAUACCACGCUACCACAGUACUAGAUGGGGUAACUGUACUAACAAUCAACGACACAAAUAAAAAUGAAAGUGGAAACACGAUAGUUUGUUCGGCGGUAAACUUCGCUGGCAGUUCGUUUGUCAGAGGGAAACUAACCGUGACGUCAGACGAUGACCGCCCACCGCCAAUCAUAACAAACGGGCCCUCUAACCAAACGUUACCUAUAAAAUCGAUGGCAGUUUUCCCCUGUACAGCAGUCGGCACACCUGAACCAAUCAUCGCCUGGUAUUUCGAAGGGGAAGCAUUAAUACAAAAUCAUAGAAGGAAUGUUACUAAUGACGGCACUCUCAUAUUGAAGGAUUUGGACAAAACAGACAGCGGUACUUAUACGUGUGUCGCGUCCUCGCAUCAUGGGAAAUAUGUGUGGAGUGGCGUGUUGCUUGUCGAUAGCCCGAUUAAUCCGAAUAUUCAUUUUUUUCGAGCUGCCGAUGUGUCGUCUCUACCCGGACCACCAACAAAACCCCUAAUAUACAACGUUACAGAAACGAGCGUCACUAUAACGUGGAAUCAGAAUAACAAGAUUGGCUCAUCAUCUAUACUCGGAUAUCAAGUAGAAGUAUUUUCUAGAGAAACUUUAUCCGGGAAUAGCACUCCGAGGAAUUCGAGAGGUUGGGUAGUAUUGGCGAGGCGGGUCCAUCAUACACAAUUCGUAGCAAAAUCUUUAGUACCCGGAGUCACUUAUAUGUUCAUAGUUCGGACGGAAAAUUCCCACGGGCUGUCGGGUCCAAGCCCGGUAUCCGACGCUGUAACGAUUGGUGACGAUGCAAACUCUUUAUGGGAAACCGGAGUAUUUUCAAAUAAUACUGAAUUCAGAAACAAUAUUCUAACCGACAACAUUGUAGAACUGAUUGAAGCUACACCGAUUGACUCGAAAACUAUAAAACUCAUGUGGGAAAUACUGAAUUUUUACUACUUGGAAGGUUUAUUCAUUUAUUUCAGACCCCUAGACAAUAUAACGACCGAAUAUGAAAUGAAAACUAUUUUGCAUUCCAACGAUGUCUCGGGAUAUGAAAUAACGUCUUUGCGAAAAUAUACGAAAUACGAGUUUUUCCUCAUACCAUUCUAUAAGAGGUUUGAGGGGAAGCCCUCAAAUUCCAGAGUUGCUCAAACUUUGGAUGAUGUUCCCGACGGUCCACCAAUUAACAUAGAAAUGUUAAUUUUAAAUACUACAACCGUUCAUUUAAAAUGGUCCCCUCCGGAGGCCCAUUUGCAAAACGGAAUUAUUACUGGUUACAACGUGCUGGUUAAUUGGCUGGACAUACCUGCGAACAAAUCCAUGGUGGCCAUCAACACGACCGUUCAUCAAGCCACUAGUCUAAUUAUGACUAAUUUGACGUCAGGUGUCAGCUAUUCGGUCCAAAUUGCCGCCGAAACUAUCGUCGGGCUCGGCCCAUUCAGCCAAAAAGUAUAUUUAAAUAUCGAUUCUCGCUCCGUUGGACUCGACCCUUUAUCCAGAUACCCGAUAAAUGGGGAGGUGUCUAUAGUGGCUGGGGACUUUGUUAUGGAAACAUGGUUUUACUUUUUGAUUGGAGCGAUUGUUCUGUUCAAAAUAAUUGUGAUUGGCGGCAUUAUUUACGUGCGGAAGCACAACAUUUUCGCCAAAAAGUCUGCUCUCCCUAACAUUUAUGAUUCCAACGGAACGAGCUUAGUGACUCAAAUGAACAUAAAAGCGGCCGUGUCUUUGUCUCAUCCGCUCAGCAGUUGUUACAACAAGAACACGGUGACAAAAACUGAGUCACUGUUGUGGAUGGAGAAUCAACCGGGAUUAUGCAUGUCCGGUACUCAAACGAAUCAGGGCAAAGAGAAAGCCAACUCAGAAUACGACAAAGUUACUCACCAAUUACCUGAAUAUGCUGAAGUGACGUCUUCUCGAGCGAAUGCAAAUGAAUGGAACACAAGUAAAACUGCAACUUCACCGGCGGCGUACGCCUCGGUUACUUUAGUUGCCAAUACCAGGCAAUGUGUGAGUUCAUUGGGCUGGUUUCCACCAACUGGGAAGAAUGUUGAUUCAUUCGACAAUCGAUACGCCCCUGAAGAGGAAAUGUAUCCAGCCAGCAAUGGAGGCUACUAUAAUAGGAAUGUGUACAGUGAAAAAUACUUCCAAGGUCAUCCAAACGUCCUCAAGUUUUACGACUUGCCUUCCUUAGAGAAGACUCAGAAGGCUCAAAUAAGAUACAAUCAGAGCCUAGAUGAUAGAAAAGGUGAUAAAAACUCAAAGACUGACGCCACACAGUCCCUAAUAGGUCGCACUUAUGGGAUUAGUUCUAGGAAAAAUUCCGAAACGGAAUCGACGUAUAGAGCAUUUGGUGAAGAGGAGACUGACGAGGAGAAUUAUCCAGAAGACGGUGGUUAUGACGAGUUGCAAGCGAUGCAGCCGCAGCGGCAGAGACCACAGCAUCAGUACGAAAGGCCUAAUUUUGACAACGAUGCGACGCGAACGCUGGCCAGACUGACGUCAUUCAGACAGGGGCAGGGGCUGACAGGUGCCAAGCCUAGCCUAGCCCCCACCCAUCCCCCUCCAGCGCCUCACCCCCGCGUUGACUCUGUAACGCGGUAGUAUCACGCCUUGCCGGUUUUCGUCGACCUGUGCCAAACGGACGUAUAGACCGAUAUCUUUCCUAAUAGUGUAGUGACGUCACUAAGAUCGCAGUUCUUCCUCACGUUGUACAGUUGCAGUAUACUCGUGUAAAGAAUCGUGAUUCGUUUGUUCUUUUCAAAGUGGAAAUGUGACAGUGAGUGACUUUGUUUUGGAUCCUUGGUCCUGCGGACUGAAAAGGCCUAUAAAAUAUGUGAUUUGAAAACUGUAUGGCCUAUUUAACAGCGCACAAUAACUGACAGUGAUUUAUUUGAUGUUUUUUUUAAUAAUAUAUUUUCAAACUAUUCCUAGUCUUUGUAUCUAUAGAGUAUUGUAAAUAUUGUAAAUAAUAAUUUAACAAAUACGAAUGUUCUUGAAGUAACUAAACUUGGUGAAGUUAAUCAAUUCUGAUAAAUGUUUACAAUGUUAUUAUUGGAAUUGGAAAUUCAAUUGAUAUAUCCGUCUGAAUAUCAAUAAACGAAUUUGUAAUCCUAUAUCAUUAGUGUAAGUGUAAAGAAUUAAAAUAGAAACAACAAAUUAACGCUUGGCAAUAAUUUGAAGUAAAAUAACCUUAUUCAAUGAUUCAUAGCAUUGUAAAUAAUAAUACUAAUAGAUUUGAAACUUGAACGAUAGUGUUUUGUUUCGGUACUGCAUUUAGAUAACAAUAAUUUAUUCGAAUAAUAAAGUUAUAUUAUUAUAGU